UCGGAGCAGAUGACAUAAGCAGAAUGUCGGUGGCGGCAGAUGUAAAGAACAGCCUGGUAGAGGGCAAAGAGCUCAGCUGUGAAGACCGAACAAUGGCCAUGGAGCCGGUAUUUGAAACUUUGUGCCCCGACAAUAAAAGAACACCCGACCCCGUCAUUGGUCUUAGAGCCAUCUGUAUAAAUGAAGGUCAUGUUGAUGAACUUCGAACGAAGUUCCAAACAACGGGAGUGGUAGACCGAACCGGGGGUAACCUCUUUUGGGAGCGAGCUGAGGUCAAGGUGAACGCGGACCUGAGCCUGGAGCCAAGGUGGCGUGUGGCUCUCGCCCACUCGAAAGGUUGCAGGGAGUGAAAAAUUAAGGUGUUGAAGGAGGCGACGAAAGCGAACUCCAGG